GUUCAAGUGAAGAACACGGAUCUGGAUUUGCCCUACCUACUAAGACAUCGUGAGCCGUAUCUCUGGUGUCUUAAUGGUGGCUACUGGUCGAUUAGCGCCGCUAGUCCUAGCACCACUUUCUACUAAUCUCAGCUCAAUCUAAAACAUGGCGGAGUGAGUCGGAGGGGAGCCGGUGAACGAGUUCGAGGUGAUUCCGAGGGGCUGAAAAUGGCCUGUCUUCUUGGCAGCGAGCUGAACGUCCCGAGUCUCUCGCAAUCUCGACAGACUUUCCUUUCUUUGUUAGUCACUGGGACAGAGGCAGAACUUUUCAUCUCUACGCUGUUGGUGAGAGACGACUUCACGGAGCCAUGGGACACCCACUGUUCUCGAUCUUACUUCGACUCGAGCUCCUCCUUGUAGCUUCAGCCUCGAGGCUGAUUCUUCCGCCCGCCGUCACCCAACCAAGCGAUGGCGCAUUUGCAGGUAUACGGCAUCCCGCGCCGACUGCUGCUCCCGAGUCCUACGCGUCUAUGGAACUACUGAGACGGGAUGGCUACAACAUGGGUCACGAUACCUGUGGUUUCGGUUCCCUUGACCCUGGAAUCACGUAUACCUGUUAUUCCAGCGCCGGAACUUGCGAGGAUAUUGGUAACUAUAGAGGAUGUUGUACAGGGGGGUUGAAGGCGUGUUCAUCUACUUUCUGGACACAAUGCGAUGACUAUAACCCGACAAGUGUUUGUGGAACGAGCGUGAAGACCCGUUGUUGCCAAUCAGCCCUCCCGUACUGUAUCACAUGGUUGUUCUCUACAACUGGCUCAACGAUUACUGCGUGGGACUGCGAUACUCAAAGCGACAUCCGAGUAUUUGACAUGCUUGCUACGCCUCUAAGCCUAAUAGAUACCACCGCCUCUUCAACCGACGAUUCGACAAGUGAGUCUGCGACAGGGGACGCUACCGCUUCAUCUUCCACUACAACUUCCACUACAACUUCCACUACAACUUCCGUAACGACCACUGAUGCAGCUGUUGAAUCUUCAACGUCAACAACCGACAGCUCGUCUUCCACCGGUGCUGGUUCAUCGUCGAAUAGUAAGUCUGGGACUCCUGUUGGAGCCAUUGUCGGAGGUGUUGUCGGUGGUCUUGCCGUUGUUGCCUUAGUAGUAGUAGGCAUCUUCUUCAUUAAGAAGUACCAACGAGGUGCCUCUACGACCGAAUCGCCGCCACCUGCGCCUUCCGGGCCUCAAGAGCUUCCUGGUUUCGGAACGCAUUCUUAUUACGCCCCGGCGCAAUACGACGCUACAGGACAACCGAAGUUUGAAUUACCGAUGGCCGAGACUCCGCACGUUUACGAGGUCCCAAAUACACCUGCCGCCGGGACCGGCUACAACCGAGCUGAAUUAGCAUGAUGCGAUGGAAGCUAUGGUAGUUGGAUAUAUAUAUAAUAACAGGUUGUUUAAGUUAUGAUAAUAACGCGUAUCAAUAAGUAGACCAUCAUCAGGGGUUACAGUGUCUCGUCAGGUUAGUUUAGCGGUGAUUCGGGUUAGCCCUGUUUAUAACGGCAUCGGUUUAAUUUGAUAGACUGUAAAUAACCAUUUUUCGCUGAUAAAGGGAUAUUAUACAAAGAUAAUCGCAUGAAUGUCUAAUA